AAUUAGUAAAACGACGUUGUUUUAAAGCAGCGAUAUUUGGUGUAACGGCAUCUCCUUUAAAAUCCCCGUUAGAACGCUCUAGGACGCGAGAGGAGCGUAGACUGCAAAGUCAAGACCAAGAACUAGCAGAACAAGAUGAUUAUCCCAGUUCGUUGCUUCACAUGCGGGAAGGUUAUUGGUAACAAAUGGGAUACUUACCUUGAUCUUCUCCAGGCCGACUAUACUGAAGGAGAUGCUCUUGAUGCUUUGGGCUUGGUUCGUUAUUGCUGUAGAAGAAUGCUUAUGACUCAUGUUGACCUCAUUGAGAAGCUUCUAAACUACAACACGUUGGAGAAGUCAGAGACCAGUUGAGGAAACAUGUAGAACUUAUCCCUGCAUGCUCUGUUGCCAGUUGUGUGAGUGUCUGUUUGUGAUUCUCAGUUUUGUGUAACGUGGACCGUGGUCUGAAGCUAGUCAAAUGAAAGGACUUAAAUAGUAGUAUUCUACUUGCUUUCUUUAGUUCUAUGAUGGAUCCCUGUAAGUGUGAACCUACUUGGUAUUUGAAAUACUGAAAGAUUGAUGGAUGUUAUAUGAAUUUGAGGAUUUUGGUAUAUACUAAAUUUCCUUGAUCAUGA